GAAAAGAAGUAUGUAAUGUUAAGAUUUAGCAAUCUAGUCUAAAAGGCACUCUUAACGAGGUGAGGGUUGGCAAUGUUUGUGAUCAAGACAGAAACAAAAAUUCUCAUAGGCACUUGAAAAAUGGACCAACUAAAUGACCCACUUUCAAAGUCAACCUUGUACUUUUAACAGACCAGAGUAUCCUAUAUUUUGGAGGUGUGUGAUGAGAUUAAACUGAUUGCGCAAUAGCCCAUGUGUAGAAUUUCCUGUUCAAACCUUAGUAACACGUUGAUGAGAAAUUUACUUUUUCCACUCUUGACUCACUCUGAGCCUUCACAGGGCAGUCUGCGAAGAUUGUAGGCAUUGUUUGUUCUUGUCCUGGAUUUAUGCCUUUAAAUUUCACCUUUUAUUACCCAGCUAUAGCAGGCCUUUUUGUGAGACUAACCUGGCCUCUCCACUAAAGGAUGUGUGACUUUCUGGGACAGAAGAGUACAGUCCCUGACAUCACACACUGCAGAGAUGGAUAACCAAGGAGUAAUCUACUCAGACUUGAAUCUGCCCCCAAACCCAAAGAGGCAACAACAAAAACCUAAGGGCAAUACAAGCUCCAUUUUAGUAACUGAACAGGAAAUAACCUAUGCGGAAUUAAACCUUCAAAAAACUUCUCAGGAUUUUCAAGGAAAUGACAAAACCUAUCACUGCAAAGAUUUACCCUCAGUUCCAGAGAAGCUCGUUGCUGGGAUCCUGGGAAUUAUCUGUCUUGUCUUAAUGGCCUCUGUGGUAACGAUAGUUGUUAUUCCCUCUACAUUAACACAGAAGCACAACAAUUCUUCCCUGAAUACAACAACUCAGAAAGCACGUCACUGUGGCCAUUGUCCUGAGGAGUGGAUUACAUAUUCCAACAGUUGUUAUUAUAUUGGUAAGGAGAAAAGAACUUGGGCAGAGAGUAUGCAGGCCUGUGCUUCAAAGAACUCCAGUCUGCUUUCUAUAGAUAAUGAAGAAGAAAUGAAAUUUCUGACCGCCAUUUUAUCUUCCUCAUGGAUUGGUGUGUUUCGUAACAGCAGUCAUCAUCCAUGGGUGACAAUCAACGGUUUGACAUUCAAACAUGAGAUAAAAGAGUCAGACCAUGCUGAACAUAACUGUGCAAUGCUACAUGCUCGUGGACUUUCAUCAGACCAGUGUGGAUCUUCAAAAAUAUAUCAUUGUUUACUGCCUCCUCCAGGGAAGCUCACUGCUGAGGUCCUGGGAAUCAUUUGCAUUGUCCUGAUGGCCACUGUGUUAAAAACAANAGUUCUUAUUCCUCUCCUGGAGCAGAACAAUUCUUCCCUGAAUAUAAGAACCCAGAAAGUCCUGGAACAGAACAAUUCUUUCCCGAAUACAAGAACCCAGAAAGCACGUCAUUGUGGCCAUUGUCCUGAGGAGUGGAUUACAUAUUCCAACAGUUGUUAUUACAUUGGCAAGGAAAGAAGAACUUGGGCAAAGAGUUUGCUGGCCUGUGCUUCGAAGAACUCCAGUCUGCUUUCUAUAGAUAAUGAAGAAGAAAUGAAAUUUCUGACCGCCAUGUCACCAUCUGCAUGGAUUGGUGUGUUUCGUGACAGCAGUCAUCACCCAUGGGUGACAAUCAACGGUCUGACUUUCAAACAUGAGAUAAAAGACUCAGAUCAUGCUGAAUGUAACUGUGCAAUGCUACAUCUAAAUAGACUUAAAUCAUUCCACUGUGGAUCUUCAAAAAGAUAUUAUUGUAAGCAUAAGCUUUAGAAUGAAAGUAUUUGAGUUUGCAGUGCAUCAGAUAAAUUUUAUAUUUGUUAGAAUAGAAAUGAUAUGAUUGCAUAAGUCUUAAAAUGAAUUGCAUUAUUUGCUCUAAUAAUAAGAAAAUUCUAAACAACUAUUGAAAUAUAGUAUACACAAUUUUAAAAGUACAGAUAUCCUAGCAUUUAGGUCAGGCUCAUUUUGCUAAUCAUGUUUGUGGCAUUCAGCCUUCCUAAAAGUUGCAUGUUUUGUGGGUCAGUUUAUAUGAAGUGUCAAGAACAAGCAAAACUAUGGAGACAGAAAGUAAAAGAGCGCUGCCAACGCCUAAGGGAGGUUGAAAUAGGAGGUGGCCACUAAUUGCUAGAAUGUUUGUUUGUGUCAGUGAUGAAAACUUUUAAAAUUUCAGUAGUGGUGAUGGUUGUAACUCUGUGAAUAUACUAAAAAUCACGGGUUUUUAAUUAUUUUAAGUGGAUGAAACUUAUACUGUGUACACAAUACCUCAAUAAAGCUCUCCAAAAAAAUAAUAAUACUGUCCUGGGAUUGCUUGAGUCUGCAUUUAGCCUCUAAAGUAAUAUUUAAAGAUUAGCUUCUUGACUUUUCCAAUCAAUAUCAUAUUAUGCCCUUCAAUGUACUGGGUUCAAUGUACCGGGAUCUCUUUAAUUUAUCUCUAUUAUAUUAUAUAUUUUGGGGGAUUGAAUCAUACAGAAAUGCAGAUAUUUUACAUUCAUGCUUUUGUAAAUGGCAUUCUGAUUUUAAUAUUCCCUUUAAUAAUUUUUGUUACUGUAAAUAGUAAUACAGUUGAUGUCUGCAUUUUGAUUUUAUAUCUAGUUAUUUCACUUAUUUUACAUAUGUAAAUCUAUCAUUUCAAACGUAGAUUUUUCUGGAUUUUCUAUAUAAACAGGAAUUUUAUCUGCAAAUAAUCACACUUUUAUUUUUUCUAUCCAUGUGCCAUAACUUAUUUUUUCUUCAUUUAUUUUCUCUGGCUAGUGCUUUAUAUCCAUAGUCAAAUAGAAGGUACAAUCAAAUUUUGCAUGUAUCAUAUGUAUCAUUUUCUGGUUUUAGCAAAAAAUAAUUCAACAUAUUAUUCAUAUUUACAAAGUUCGGUGUUUUUUUCAUCAUAUCUUUCUUAUAUUGAAGCAGUUUUAUAAUAUUCAUUUUUUCUAAUAGAUUUUAUCAAUUGUUGUAACAUUUUUAUUAUUUUUUGUUACUCAGAAUGAUAUGUGUUUUCUUUAUACAACAUUUUAUAAAAUAAAUUAGUUUUAUUUUUGUCAAAUGUUAAACUAGGCUUUGUUUCAAAACAAAUCCAUGCAGAUGAUUGUAUAUUGCUCCUUAUAAAAUAUCAGUACACAUAUUAUAUCUAGAGUAAGAUUUGUUUCUUCAUCCAUGUUCACAAGGAUAUUUGACCAUGUUUUUAUUUAUAGCUAUGUACUUGAAAAAGUUUUGGUCUCAAGGCUAUCUUGGGAAGAUUUUCUCUUUUUCUAUAACCUGGAAGCAUCUGUUAAGAGUACUGCUUUAGUCAUGAAAAAGGAUGAGUUCAUGUCCUUUGCAGGAACAUGGAUGAAGCUGGAAACCAUCAUUCUCAGCAAACUAUCACAAGGACAGAAAACCAAACACCACGUGUUCUCACUCAUAGGUGGGAAUUGAACAAUGAGAGCAC